GCUGCACUCUGUUUCUCCGGCGCCAAAUUUUCUCCUCUCAGAGAAGAACGCCAUAUCUACUUCAAUUCCAAUAUUAGGGUUUUUUUGCCUAAAUUAUUUUCUCGAGAAUCUCUUCAGUUUCUAGGUUUUGUUUUUUUUUUACUUCUUCUAUCUCUUUCUGGUCCUCGACAAUGGCCAUGACUCCAUAUAUAGGGUUUUAGACUAACCGUAGAUUUUUCCUAUUUUACCCAAUUUCUAUCUCUAAGGUUAGGGUUUUUUUGUUGUUAUACGGUUUUCUAUGGCCGCCAUGGGAGACUGGCAGCAGCUUAUCCAAUCUGUUCUUAUCGGCCUCGUAUUUUCUUACCUCCUCGCCAAGCUCAUCUCCAUCGUCGUCGCUUUCAAGGAUGAGAAUCUCACCGUGACGCGCAAUUUUAGUGCUGAAACCCAACCUCAGGAGCAAACCAGACCCGAGGCAAAGAUAAUCGAAGGAGGCUCCGAAGAUUUUGGCGGUCGAGCUCACGAUCUAGAUUCGCUGAUCGGUGAGCAUGGGAGUGUGAGAAAUGAGAGCCUACCUGGCAGUGAUAAUGAUGACGAUGAUGAUUGGGAGGGCGUGGAGAGCACGGAGCUAGACGAGGCUUUUAGUGCCGCGACUGCUUUUGUGGCGACUGCUGCGGCGGAUCGGCUGUCCCAGAAGGUGUCCAAUGAAUUGCAGCUGCAGCUUUAUGGAUUGUAUAAGAUUGCGACGGAGGGGCCCUGUAGCACACCGCAGCCAUCCGCGCUGAAGAUGAGUGCUCGUGCUAAAUGGCAAGCAUGGCAAAAAAUGGGUGCAAUGCCACCAGAAGAAGCAAUGCUGAAGUAUAUUGAAAUUGUUACAGAACUUUAUCCUACGUGGGCAUCUGGUUCUUCAAUGAAGAGGAAAGCCGGGAAUGAUGGGGCAUCAAGUGCAGAAGCUAAAGGGCCUAUGGGACCAGUUUUCAGCUCUUUCGUUUAUGAGGAGGAAGGUGGAAAUGAGUUGAAAAUGGAUGCUAUUCAUGCCUUUGCAAGAGAAGGAGAGGUGGAUAAUUUGCUGAAGUGUAUUGAAAGUGGCGUUUCAGUGGAUGCGAAAGAUAGUGAGGGCCGCACCCCAUUGCACUGGGCUGUAGACCGUGGCCACCUUAACAUCGUGGAAAAGCUUGUUGGUAGAAAUGCUGAUGUGAAUACCAAAGACAAUGAAGGCCAAACUCCACUGCAUUAUGCUGCAGUAUGUGAAAGAGAAGUCGUUGCCGAAUUUCUAGUGAAGCAUAAUGCGGAAAUAAAUGUGAAGGACAAUAGUGGCGACUCACCUUGCGAUCUCUGUGACUCGAAGUGGAAUUGUAUGCAACUUGCUGGAGAACAGAAGUAAUCCUAGUUUAUUUUUCUGUUCCUUCAACUAAAGUGUUCCUCGACUAAUCCCUAGCGUGUGUAUAUUGCCAUACAUAAUGUUUGAACCCUCAUCUUGAUUAUGUUAACUAUUUGGGGCAUAUUGUUCUUUUUGGUCUAGCUGCCUCUUCCUCAUUGAAA